CAACAGUUACUAGUAGCCCUUCCCUUUGUGUGAGUCUGACUCUGAGCUCGUGACUUUCUCGCAGUCUGUCUCCGAGCAAGGCGGAGAGUUGGCGGAGAGGGAACUUUGCAGGUUAGAAAAGCGGCCAGGAAAGGGGCCAGGGAAAGGCGCUGACACCGGUUGUUGAGGCCCCUUACAUAAUAUACCAAAGGGAUUUUGAGUCGAAGGGGCGAAGGAAUUUGUGCGGAUUGUCAGGAUGGAUAGAGAUUUUGGAAGCAAGACGGGUGGGGGUGGUGUAGCGUCCGCCCAGAAUGAGGCCAUCGAUAGAAGGGAGCGCCUGCGGAGGCUUGCGCUUGAGACCAUUGAUCUUGCUAAGGACCCUUACUUCAUGCGCAACCAUUUGGGAAGCUAUGAAUGCAAACUGUGCCUCACUCUGCACAACAAUGAGGGGAACUACCUUGCGCAUACUCAAGGAAAGCGCCAUCAGCAGAACCUGGCAAAGCGGGCCGCCAAAGAAGCAAAGGAUCAGCCGGUCCUGCCGCAGCCAAGCAAGAGGAGGAUCGACCCCCGCAAAACAGUCAAGAUCGGGCGGCCUGGGUACCGUGUGACGAAGCAGUUUGACAAGGAGACGAAGCAGCGCUCGCUGCUCUUCCAGGUCGAGUACCCGGAGAUCGAGGACGGGGUGGCGCCGCGCCACCGCUUCAUGAGCGCAUUUGAGCAGAAGGUGGAGGCGUGGGACAAGAAGUACCAGUACCUGCUCUUUGCGGCGGAGCCGUACGAGGUCAUUGCAUUCAAGAUUCCCAGCAUCGAGAUCGACAAAACGAACAACUUCUACACUUUCUGGAACCCUGACGCCAAGGUCUUCACGCUGAACCUCUACUUCAAGAACAAGGCCCAAUUGGCGGCUCCGUCCGCAGUCCCCGCACCCCCUUUGGCCCCCGGGGUUGCUUCCCGGCCCCCCCCUCCUCCAUCCGGGCUGGUACCCCCGCCGCCUGGAGUGGCUGGUCCACCCCCCCGGGACGUCGUUCCGAGCUCUGGGCCUGCCAGACCACCCCCGCCUCCAGGAGCAGGUGCGCCCCCUCCUUUCGCAAAUGGCCGACCCCCCCCACCACCUCAGGCUGCCGGUCAGCAGUUCGCUCGGCCGCCACCCCCCCAGUUCGCUAACCAGCCACGCCCCCCACCCCCUCAGUACGCCAACGCCCCUCCUCAGGGGGGCCCCCCACCGCCACAAUUUAUGGGCGGCGCACCCCCCCAGGGGGGCCCGCCUCCAGGCCCGUAUGGGAAUGCGCCUCCACCGGGGGGGCCGAAUUAUCCUGGGGGGCCGCCCCCUGGUGGAAAUUACGGUCCUCCGGGGGGGCAGUUUGGGCAGGGUCCGCCGCCCCCUCAAGGGUAUCAAGGAGGGCCUCCUCCUGGGCAGCAAUACCGGGGUCCACCCCCGCCAAGAUAGUUUAUCAUCGGAGAAAGCCGGUACGUAAACUGAGCUUUUGGCUACAGGCUUUUCUUCAAUGUAGCUUCGAGGGGCUUUCUUAUCGCUGUAAUGAGCUGCUGCUUUGAUGAAAAGCCAACAUGGAGCUCGCAAAGGAACCGUUCAAUGGCCUUUGCGCUCGGCAUGGCUGCAAAGGCCUCAUGAGUGAGUCUGGUCGCACUCUUUCGUAUCCAACCCUUCACCUAUUGGAGCUGCAACAGCCCAUAGACUUCGUAGACUUAUGAGCACUGUGAACUUGUCUCUCAAGCGGUUGCAAUGAUGCAGGUUUGGUGAGACGGCUUUUCGGCUCUGAAGGCUAG